GGCCAGGUAUAUUAAAUUAUUAUAUAUAAGGUAUGAUAUGUAGGGUGCGACUCCCUUUUCCCCGACGACCUUACCUGUGAUCGGACUGUUGGACUUGGGGUCGGACUAGUCUUCGUGUGCAAACGCGCAACAUGGACAAAAACUACUCUGGAAUUUUCCAUCUGCUGAUAUUUUCAGGCAAUCCUGCUUGUUUUUAGGUGAUUUUAUGUUCAUGACAGGGAAACUGCGCUCCUACAUAGUAACUCGAGGCGAACUUGGACGCAGGACUGCGUCAUUGGAUUGUGACGCCCACUUCCGUGUCGGACAGUACCACACAAAGCCGAAAAUUUACCGGGAUAUACUAGUAGUUUGUCAAUCCUCCUUUUUAAAAGCUUUAGGGUACGUAAGACAGUUAAAUUAGCUACCGUACCGUAGUGGACGAGAACGGUUUGACCGAGCUGGCCAGUUGCACAACUUCGGGGACGUCAUCAGAAAGAAUUGGUCAAAACAGGAACUGUAUAAAGGGCGGGGUGUUCUGCCCCCAGACUAGCAGGUGAAAUCCCUCAGUAACAAGCGGAACUUUGUACUACCGAGGAAAAAAGAAGACAGCCAACAACAAUGGCCUCACCAAUGGAGUCUGAGGAAGAUGACUCACAAGCAAUGAGGCCUGAACUUUCCCUGCGUAGCAAGCUGUACGCAAAGAUCAGUGAAAAUUUGUCUGAAGAUGAUGUGGAAAACUUGCGACAGAUGUUGAUUACCGAUGAACUCAUAGGUAGAGUAAGGGUUCAGAAUGCACAGCCCCAUGAAAUCUUCAAUAUGUUGGAAGAUGGUGGCAGAAUAGGUGUGGGAAAUCUGGGGUUGCUGAAGGAACUGUUGAGAGCCCUUAGGAAAGGGAAACUGGCAGAAGAAGCUGAGGCUGUGGAAAAUGAAGAGGGCAUGAAAGUUUCUGUGAGUAUGAACAAGAGAACUGCUUCAGAGGACAUGCUUGUACAAGCAGCUGGCAGUACUAAACAGCUGAAGGUGGGCAGUGAUGAUGCGGGAUCGGAUCACUCUGACAGUUCUACAGAAAGUGGCAUAGGAUGUUCAGCCUCCGCUUCACAGGACAUGGAGAUACAGGAUUCAGAGAGUGGUAGAGACCUUGCAGCAUCUGCUGAAGACAUUACGGAUGGUUCAGAGAUCACAACAGUAGGAGACGUGUACAAGCGAAUCGACUACCUUCGAACAGAGAUUGCAAAACUGACCAGGUAUCCAAAGAAUAUCUCAAAAGCAAAAAAUAUUGCUUGUUCAAAAGCAUCAAGAGAGUUAAUCUAUCUCAUGCAACUUUUGAGUGAACAAGGGACUGGAGAACUUAGGGUGGACAUUGCACUAUUGGACACUGGGACACAACAAGAGUUUCAAAAGAGAUAUGAAACAGGUGCUCUAGGCCAGAAGAUACAGAAGGAAGUCAAACAGAUCAUGCGAUCAACCAGCGAUGACAUAGUGCAUGUGACACCUGAUGUCAGAGUAGACUUCAGCCAACCCACAAAUGAAAGCACAAAUAGCAGUCCAGAACAACGUGCCAUUAUCAAGGUGACAGCAGAAGAUGUACAGCUUGAAGACAGUUGUAGGUUGGACAAAGACUCUGCUGUUAGGCAGCUGUUCAAGUAUCUUGUCCAAAAUACAGAGAAGCUGCACCCCAUCAUGGACUAUCUUAACAGCUUUCGUGUGCAAAUAAGAUCCAUAUCAUUUGGAUCCAUUGAGUUUGAAUGCAUCUGCCUAACAUCAGAGUCUGCAGUCCGCUUGCAAGAGGAGUACGAUGGUCAGAGACUACAUGCCCAGUUUCAGAGGGUGACCUCAAGCCGUACCAUUGUGACAAAAUUUGGCAUCAAGUCCAUUUCCUUGGCUGUCCAGCUCACAUUUGCAGAUGAAGGGCCAUGGCUACCUCUGGAGCCACACAUCUAUACCUGUAGCAAUAUGCUAGAGGAACUUCAGCUUGAUGACACAGACCUUCCAGAAGAAGAAAACAACCAGGAAACACCUGUACAGACAGAUGACAGCAAUGAUGCUCAUCUAGUAACCCACCUUGGCAAACUGCAAAUAGCAGAUGAAACUGCAGAAGCAUUGCCAGAACAGAGUGCUGCCAUCCUACCCACUUCUGACCAACCAUCCACUGUCCAAUAUGCUAGUACAACCGACCUGCCCACCAGCCAACUAUCCAGCACUGCCCCUAUGGUUCUAUGCAAAACUGACAUCUACACCACUGAACAAAGCACAGGUCGACCACCAGGGCCAGCUUUGACUGACUCAAUGACUACAAGUGAGUAA